GCCCUCGCCCCUUGCUGUGGUGGAAUGUGGGUGCUAACUUGUGUUUUGGUCUUGUACACGGUCUUGUAGCAAGAGAAAUGCUGAAAUUUCAAGAAACUGCUAAGCAUGUCACUGUUGCCAGAUUUAAUUCUGAUUGCUCAGAUGCUGUGAUUGCCAGAAGAUACACUAUUCAGAGGAAACUUGGUAAUGGAAGCUUUGGAAGUGUGUAUUUGGUUAAUGACAGAAAAGCAAAACAAGGAAAAGAAUUAAAGGUCCUAAAGGAAAUCUCUGUUGGAAACCUAAAGCCUAAUGAAACAGUUGAAGCAAAUCUGGAAGCACAGCUACUCUCCAAAUUAGACCAUCCAGCCAUUGUCAAAUUUUAUGCAAGCUUUGUGGAGCGAGAUAGUUUCUGCAUUAUCACUGAGUAUUGUGAGGGUGGAGAUCUAGACUUUAAAAUUCAAGAGUACAAAGAUUCUGGGAAGAUGUUCACUCAAAGCCAAGUUAUAGACUGGUUUAUACAGUUAUUAUUCGGAGUCAACUAUAUGCAUGAAAGACGGAUACUUCACAGGGAUUUGAAAACCAAGAAUAUAUUUUUGAAAGAUAAUCUUCUUAAAAUUGGAGACUUUGGAGUUUCUUGUUUUUUGAUGGGUUCAUGUGAUCUUGCAACUACUUUUACUGGGACACCACACUACAUGAGUCCAGAAGUACUGAAGCACCAGGGAUAUAAUACAAAAUCUGACAUUUGGUCUCUGGGAUGCAUUUUGUAUGAGAUGUGCUGUAUGAACCAUGCAUUUGAAGGACAGAAUUUUUUGUCUGUUGUGUUAAAAAUUGUGGAAGGUGAAACACCUUCUCUCCCUGAUAGAUAUCCAAGCAAACUGAAUGCUGUGCUAUGCAGCAUGUUAAAUAAGAAUCCUUCAUUGAGACCAGCAGCAGCAGAGAUCCUAAAAUCCCCUUAUAUUGAUGAACAACUAAAAAAAACACAGUACAAGUUCACAAACAUUACUGUGAAAGACAAGGCACUUAACUGGCAGAAAGAAACUGCUCCCAUUUUUGGUGCUGUACAGAAGAAAGUUCAUUUGCAAACUCUGCAGGAACUUUCUGAAGUACAGAAAAUGACACCGCGGGAACGAAUGCGGUUGAGGAAGUUAAAUGCUGCAGAUGAGAAAGCAAAGAAGUUGAAGCAGCUGGCAGAAGAAAAAUAUCAAGAAAAUAUCAAAAGAAUGCAAGAAUUCAGGUCCCGUAAUUUUCAGCAGCUGAAUGUCAAUGUUUCUUUAGAAUCUGAUGAGCAGACUUCAAAACAUCUCAUUCAUUCUCAGCCAGCCACUACGGGGAACUUUGUGUCCACAGGACAUGAUGAAGCAAGAGGGAAUGGGACAAGUGAAAUCAGCGUGUCUGAACUUACAGACCACGAGAUCCCUGAAGACCCAGAAAUUGCAGAAGAAUAUUAUAAAGAUGAGUUUGAAUCCUAUUCAGAAGACAGUGAAGCAGAGGAAGAUGCAGAAUUGUCAUGGACAGUCUCUAAGACAAAUCACCAGGACAGUGAUAUGGAGGCAAUGGUUGAGCACUUGGAGAGUGUCCUGAAUAGCAGCUCAUUGGGCUCGAGGACUGUCACCGGAGUGUCUCCAGGGGUGCCCCAGGGAUUCAGAGCUCUCAACAGCACAAUGGCUGAGACCAAGCUGAAACACAUGAGGGAAAUGGUGUCAUCGUGGAAUUGUAUGGCUCUGUCAAAACGUGAAUUUGCCUUAGCCCUGUUUUGUGCUAGGAACUUUUUAAAGGACUGCAGAUGUGAAAAGAGACUUGAAAGAAGUUGUGGACUUAAUCCACUUAGCUUCAGACCCCAUUGGGUGGAUAUAGAUGUGAACUUACCUCAAAUGGUUGAUGUUCGAAAAACUGUUUGCAUAAAACCUUACGUAAAUGGUUUGGGAGUCUUUUUGUGUAUAUGUUAGUGUCUAUUUUUAUGUAUAUGGAUAUACUGACUUCAAUAUUUGUCAUAAUUAGAUAUCUCACAUUACACAGCAGUUGGUAUUUUUUUAGCUUUAAAAUGUCUUUUUGAUUGGAUUGUUUAAUAGUAUUUUUACUGUAACCUUGUAUGGGUGUUUAGCAUAGCUCAGAGCUUGAAUGCUGCUUCACUUCCCUCUGUGGCUGUACAGUGCUCAAGCCCAGCAGGGAAUUUUGUGAGUAAAUUACUGUGGUGUUCGUGAUAUUUCUGUCAAGAACUGUCCAUCUCCAUACCAGCUGAUUACAUUAAUCUCUCCAUUGAAGCACCUGACUCAUUGACAACUUUUUAAUGAGACUGACUUAUUGCUAACUCAGAAAUGCAUUCUUUUAGAUCCAGUAGUAACACUUCAUAGAAUAUGGCUAAAGAUAAUGCUUGGAUUGAGAAAGAAUGCAUAUAUAGUUAUAAAUAUUCUGAUUGUUUCUUUGUAAUGCAUAAAUACUUUUUUUCUUUCUCUGAUAGGCAAAUUGUUGGUUUUAAAACUAUUAUUUUGAUAUGAAAUCCUAAGUCAGGAGAGACCCCCCCUCCCAAUAUUAAGCCAUGUAAAAGGAAAUCAGCAUUAACUCUGUAUUACCACACAAGAACAAAGGAGAAUGCAGUUAUAUUCUUAAAUUCAUACAAGAUCUGCAUAUAGUUAUUGAGUUUUCAGAGGUAACUACUGUAUCCUCACAUGCUCAUAUUCAAGAAUUAGCUGUAUAUUGUGCUGCUUUUUAGACACACCUUUAUAAAACAAAUGCAUUGAUAAACAAAGCAAAUAAAAUCAAGUAUGUGUUAAGUGUGCCAUGUAUUCCAGCUUGAUCUUGAUCAGUGGUGCUGAAGGAAUUAAACUGAUGACUUUUCAAAGA